GCAGUCACUUUGCGCAGACUAUAAUCGCAUGAGAACCAGGGGUCCUCUGACCACGAUCACCGUGGUCGUGAUAGUAAGACGUCCGCGUCGUCGGGACCACGACUCUGACACUUUACUAUUACAUCAAGCAUGAAAGGUGCAAGCCUAAUGCAGUAGAAGUUGAGCCUGUCGACGAUUCAAUUCAUGUCCGUAAGGAAGAACACCUUCUCUCCUCGUACAUCUUCUCAGAUGAUUUACGAGGGGCAGAAGGUGUUCUUUGAACGCGGAAAGAUCGACGUGAUUGAGAUCGACUCCUUGUAUGCAGUGCGUCGUCCUCGAAUUCUCCCGAAAAGUCUGCUGUGCUCACCACAGGAUCAGCCUGGUUCAAAACACGGUUCGAUGAUGGAGAAAAAAAGCAGUUACCGCGGCCGACCCAUUUUCCACGCCGAAUUGAAUGGCAAGCCCGUGCUUGUCAAGUUCCGCGAGAGGUACAACGAGCGUGCUCAUCGCCACCUAGCCAAUAUAAAGCUCGCACCAGAGAUACACACUUGCUCCAAGCAACCCCCCCCAAAAAUCAACAUCAUGAUAGCCGAGAAGGUUGGCUGCACAGUGAAAACAAAGUCUGGCGAGGAAGAAGUAGCAGGGAUCAGUAUUGAUGCGAUGUUUGACUUGGCUGGGAAUGAUGGUCAGGCCCGAUACUCAGCGUUGCUCAACGAAAACAUUGAUGGGGUAGAUGAUGUUGCACCCGCGGCAGUUAUGCGGAAAGAGCAUGACCUGGGCAUGAUGAGGAAGCUUGGCUGAAGGGGAAGGGUUGAACGUUGAAUGUUGUUAAGCGCUGAGCUGCC